AUGGAGCCGCUGCCUCUGGCGGUCAAGGUGGUGGGCAUGGGCAGCAGCGGGCAGGACCUGCUGGCCCAGGUGGCCGCCUUCCCCAGGCCCGACGACAAGCUGCGCACGGAGAAGUUUGAGGCACAGGGCGGCGGCAACUGCGGCAACGCGCUGACGGCGGCGGCGCGCCUGGGGCUAGCCCCCACCAUCGUGAGCAAGAUUGGCGGCGACGGCUUGGGGGAUGGCAUACUGGCUGAGUUCCGGCGGGACGGCGUUGACACAGCCCACAUGCUGCGCGCCCCGGGGGCCCCCUCACCCUUCACCUACAUCAUCGUGGACCGGCAGGGCGGCACCCGCACUUGCAUCCACACCCCCGGCGAGCCCAUGGCGCCUGAGGAGCUGACUCCAGAGCUGGCCGCCGAGGUGCUGCAAGGUGCGGCGGCCAUCUACUUUGACGGUCGGCUCACCGAGGCGGCGCUGGUGCUGGCGGCGGCGGCCAGGGAGCGAGGCGUGCCUGUGCUGGUGGAGGCGGAGCGGCUGCGCCCAGGCUUGGAGCAGCUGCUGGGGCUGGCAGACUUUGUCGUCAGCUCGGCGCACUUCCCGCAGGGGUGGACUGGGGAGCAGGGCCUGGGUGAUGCGCUGGUGGCCACAUUCAGCCGCCUGCCCCGCGCCCGGUGGCUGAUCACUACUCUGGGCAGCCGCGGCAGUGUACUGCUAGAGCGAGGGGAGGCGGCGGAGGCUGUGGGGGCGUCGGGGCUGGAAGAUUUGCUGCCGCAGCUGUUUGAGGAGGCAGCGGCGACGCAAGCAGCCCAGGGCACACCACAGUCUGCGCCCGCCUGCGUCAGCGCCAGCGGCGUGUGCGCGCGCGUGACGGCGGUGCAGGCUGCACGGCUGCCGCCAGGCGCGGUUGUGGACACCACUGGGGCAGGCGAUGCCUUCAUCGGCUCCAUCCUGUAUGGGCUGGCCACCGGCAUGCCCGUGCAGCGCGCCAUGCAGCUGGCGUCGGUGGUGGCGGCAUGCAAAUGCACGGCGCUGGGGCCUCGCCCGGGGCUGCCGCACCGCGCCAACCUGGCGGCCAGCCUGCUGGGGUCCUGA